AUGUCCUGUGACAGGGAAACUGUUCAAGACAAGGCCCUCGCUGUAGCACACAUAACUUUGGAUUCAAUAACUUUCCGUCAAUUUCCGAUUAAUAACUAUGCUUACACCAGGUCAGACUUGACGGAGCCAAGAGAUUCGAAGGAACGGGCCGGUAGAGCUGGCGCUUUGAGCCAUAUCCUGCCUUUAGUUUGGCUGUCAGAUAUUCGAACAGACCUCCAGCAGGACCGCCUACGGGAGUAUCGAGCUUUUGGAAUCGGUUAUGGCAUCGCUAACCGGCGCUUUGAACUAACGACUUCAUACGAUGCGUUACGUAGUCAAGAUGAAGGACGCAACAUUUGAAAGACCUGCUCAAUCACUGUCUGUCGAAAGGAGGUGCAAUUGGUGCGAGUGGGACUCUUCUUCCUCUUUCUGACCUUCACCAUUACCUGGUGUGUCUAUCGCAAUGACCCCCACGUCGGAUGGAUCAUGCAGGACGUUAUCGGAGUUUUCCUGGUGGCGCAUAUUCUCGCCGAUAUUUCCGCCCUCGUGUCAUUUAAGCCGACGCGGCAACAACUUGUGAUUCAAGUGGUCGAUCAUUACUGUCUUCUCGGCCUGGAGUUGAAGCAUUUUUUACCCGGCGUGGUCAUAUGA